AUGCAUUUAUGGAACAAUGGACAGGUCCAGCAGUCGUCAAACAGGUCGGGGACAGACGACACUUUGGAAGAGGAGCUUAAUGACGACGCGGACUCCGCCAGCCCCGACGUGAUUACCUCCUUUGACGAGAAGGCCUUAAAAGAUCCUCUACUUGAUCGGGUAGCCGAGGUUGCGUCGAACGCCAAGGGUGGUCGUUAUGUUGCCGCGAGUGUUAUGCAUACGGGAAACGGAUGGAUCGAACUGAUCAUUGCACGUAACGAGGGGUUUCACUCGUCCGACGAAAGGUUCUUCCGGGAUCUCGAGUUGAUUGUUCGCCAUAUCGCAACGCAUGGUGGUAAGAUCGUCACAUCGGUUUCUGCGACAUAA